GAGGUUGAGGUUUCUCAAGAGCUCAGAGAGCAGCCCAGAGGACAUGGACAAGCAGCUGAACGACACGGCAGACCACGUUAACGAGAGCAUGGAGAAGGGGAUCUUCGUGCAUGCUGACCCCGAGAAGCCGACGACGGCAACGUGGCCGGCGAGUUUCUGUUCUCUGGCCACGAAGUACUCAAAGAGAAACGCCGGGGGCGAGGACGACGCAAUGGCAAACCUGAACGGGUUCAUCAAGCGGUUAUCCGAGGAGCUCUUGCAGCGCGCCGGCGCGCUGGACCACUUGGUGCCGAUCCUGAAGCCGCUCCAGGAGUUCAUGAAGAAGCAGCCGGACAUCUUCGCGAAGUGCGGCGCGCGGGCGGCGGCGGAGGCGACGGCCGCGCACGGGCCCAAGACCCGGAAUGCAUUGCCGAAGGGGGAGUUGAAGCCGCCCGAGCUCAGCGCGCCGCGCGCCUCGCCGCUGCACGACCUGCCCCAGAAGGCGCGCGAGGGAUGCAAAUUGGAGGAGUUGUGCAAGGGCCACAAGUCAGGGAACGGCGAGCGCUUGAAAAAGCUGGAGUCCUUGAUGGACGGGGCGGAAAAGACGGCGGAGAUGUCUCUGAUGAGCACUACGCGGGGGCCUGCGUCGGGCGCGACCAAGAUGAAGUACCUGCGCGCGGGGGAUGGGCGGGCGGGCAUUCACCGCGAGUGGGGGCCCGCGUCUCCGCUGCUAAAGUCGGACAAACUGCGUUCGAAGGGCGCGGCCACCCAGGGGGCGUCGUUCGCGGAAUUCGCGGGCAUCCUCGACGCUCGCGCCGCGGUCGCGGAGUUCGCCCCGAAGAUCGCCAACGCCGUCGCGCGAUCCCUGUUCGCCGCGCGCGGCAAGAUGCCGCCGGAGCUGCCCGCGCUGCGUGGGGGGGCGCGCGCGGCGAAGCUGGGCGCGACCGCCGCGCCCGGCUGCGGCGGCGAGAUCGGCGGCAUCUUGGAGGCGAUGAGUGAGGAGCAGGUCGACACGGGAAUCCGAGCAGCAAAGGGGAUCGCAGCGCGGGCGAGCGGAGAGGCAUCGGGGAGCGUAGGGCGCGCGGCCGCAGCGGAUCCCCGGAGACCGGGGGUUGCAGCGGCUGCGAAGGCGUGCGUCGACGGCCGCGAGGCCCCCGUCCACGACGCGGCGUCGGCCGAGGUCGAGAAGAGGAGGGCGGCGCAGGCCGCGCAGGCGGCGCCGGUUGCAGCGCAGACUGCGGCGCCCGCGGCGGCGGCGCAAGAAGGCGGGCAGCCCUUGCAGCCCGCGCGGGCGGCGUCGCCCGCGCCCGCGGCAUCGUCCGUUCAGGGCGAGCCGCCCGCGGCGCUCGCGGCGCCCCCCCCGCUGCCCGCGGAGGCCGAUCCGCACGCGGCAGCUCGCGAGGAGCCCGCGGGGGCGCCCUCGCUGCCCGCGCAGGGAGAGCAGCCCGCGGCGCCCGCGGGAGAGCAGCCCGCGGUGGCCCCCGCUCCGCCCGCGGAGGCCGAGCUUCCCGCGGCUGCAUCCGAGACGCCCGCGAAGGCGCUCGCGCAGCCCGCUGCGCCCGCGCAGCCCGCGCAGGCCAAGCCUCCCGCGGCUGCGUCCGGGGCGCCCGCGGGGGCGCUCGCGCAGCCCGCGGUGGCGCCCGAGGGGCCCGCGCAGCCCAACAAGGAGUUCAAGGUCGGCGACAAGGUGAAGAUCGUCAUGCGGAAGAAGCAGCGGAACGGGAAGUCAGGCACGGUGGAGCAGGUGCGGGCCCAGAAGGCGCAGGCGUGGGUGCCCGAUGCCGACGGGGGCAAGGGGGAGUUUCGCGAUUUCCAGGAGGUGAAC